CUUUCUCUCUCUAAUUCUCAGAUGGAAGGCGGUAUAUUCCUCGCCUUGAUUCUCUCUCCAAAACAGUGAUAACCACCAUCAUCACGUAGAAAAGAAUACAAGAAGACAGAUUAUCAUAAUACAGAUCUAUCAGAGAUUACGCACGCAGGCGAAGAAACCGCUGAGUUGAACUGUUCGGAAUUUCUCAUUUUCGUUCUUCUUCACGUCGAUCCGUUUCUCAUGCGCCGAUUCUAGUUAUUUGUUUUAUUAUUAGGUGACCUAUGUGAGCAGGGUGCUCCUCCCAAUGGCAGCCUCAGUUAGUCAUUGCUCAUGUUGGUAGUGAUGAAUCUGACAAGGCGAUAGCUUGCGUAGGAAACCUUGCUGAACAUUACUCAGUUCCAGUUAUUUAAGAUAACGUAUUGGCUUAUACAAAAUUAGAUGGAGGAAACUAUCUCACCCCAAGGUCACAACUUUAAGCAACAUUUUCAAACAGCUGGAAGAAAGGCUUUCCAAAGUGGGCCAAAGACAGAUAUCUGGCUUGUAGUGCGUGAAGGCUCAGUGGCUGAUGUUGAUUCAGCACUCACAUUGUUGAAGAAGAAUGGUGGCAAUAUUAACUCAAGGAAUACUUUUGGUCUCACUCCUCUUCAUAUUGCAACAUGGAGGAAUCAUUUACCCAUUGUGAAGAGGCUACUUGCAGCUGGUGCAGACCCUAACGCUAGGGAUGGAGAAUCUGGAUGGAGUAGCCUUCACAGAGCUCUGCAUUUUGGCCAUCUAACCGUAGCAAGUAUCCUUCUUCAGUCUGGUGCCUCUCCCAUACUAGAGGACUCUAAAUCCCGAACACCUGUUGAUCUGCUUUCUGGGCCUGUCUUGCAAGUUCUAGAAAAUAAGGAUAAUUUAGCAGCUACUGAGGUGUUCAGUUGGGGAAGUGGUGUGAACUAUCAACUUGGCACUGGAAAUGCACACAUCCAGAAAUUGCCUUGCAAAGUUGAUUCACUUCAUGGCUUGUCUAUGAAGUUGAUUUCUGCUGCUAAAUUCCAUAGUGUAGCUGUGAGUGCUUGUGGAGAAGUCUACACAUGGGGAUUUGGAAGGGGUGGUCGACUCGGACACCCAGACUUCGACAUUCACAGCGGCCAAGCUGCAGUUAUCACUCCUCGAAGAGUGACUUUAGGCUUAGGUGCUCGCCGCAUCAAGGCAGUUGCAGCUGCAAAGCAUCAUACAAUUGUUGCCACAGAAGGCGGGGAAGUUUUCACUUGGGGUUCCAACAGAGAGGGUCAGCUUGGGUACACAUCUGUUGACACUCAACCAACACCUCGUAGAGUAAGUUCCUUGAAGUCAAAGAUAAUUACUGUUGCCGCAGCAAACAAGCAUACAGCUGUUGUGUCGGAAUGUGGUGAGGUUUUCACAUGGGGAUGCAAUAAGGAGGGUCAGCUUGGAUAUGGAACCUCUAAUUCUGCUUCAAACUACAUGCCUAGGGCUGUUGAAUCCUUGAAAGGAAAGGUGUUUUCAAAAGUUGCUACAGCAAAGUAUCACACCAUUGUUCUAGGAGCUGAUGGUGAGCAGGUAUACACCUGGGGUCAUCGACUGGUUACACCCAGACGUGUAAUAGUUACUCAGAAUAUUAAAAAGGUUGGGAACACUCCCAUGAAAUUUCACCGAAGGGAAAAGCUUCACGUGUCUUCUAUAGCAGCAGGAAUGAUGCAUAGCAUGGCCCUUACUGAUGAUGGUGCAUUGUUUUAUUGGGUUUCAUCAGACCCUGACCUUCGAUGUCAGCAGUUAUAUUCCAUAUGUGGAAGAGAACUAGUCAGUGUUUCUGCUGGGAAGUACUGGACGGCUGCAGCCACAGUCAGAGGCGAUAUUUAUAUGUGGGAUGGGAAGAAAGGAAAGGAUGAACCUCCAAAUUUGACAAGGUUGCAUGGUGUGAAAAGGGCUACAACUGUAUCAGUUGGAGAGACACAUUUAUUAGUUAUUGGUUCUCUCUAUCAUCCUUCCUAUCCACAUUGCAAUUCCCCGAAAUUGAAGAUAAAUGAUAAGGUUGACUUAGAAGAUUUAGAAGAAGUAUUGUUCAAUGACAUUGGGUCCAAUAUGAACUUGCUAGCGCAAAAGGAAGAUGUAGGGGAAAGACCCACACCAACCUUAAAAAGCCUUUGUGAGAAGUCAGCUGCCAUGUUUCUGGUGGAACCUCGAAAUGCAAUUCAGCUUCUUGAAAUUGCAGACUCAUUGGGUGCUGAUGAUUUGAAGAAGCUCUGCGAGGAUAUGGUUAUUCGCAACCUUGAUUUCAUAUUUACUGUAUCAACUAAUGCUAUUUCAAGUGCAUCACUUGAUAUUUUAGCUGCACUUGAGAGACUGCUAGAUUCGAGAUCAUCUGAACCCUGGAGUUACCGUCGCCUCCCAACACCGACAGCUAUUUUUCCUGUCGUUAUUAAUAGUGAAGAAGACGAUAGUGAAAAUGAGUUUCUUAAGCCUCGGGACAAGCAUACAUCAAAGAUGACUUCAAAGGAUGAGAAAGAGCAAAGUUUAGACAGUUUCCUACAUCCAAGCAGUGAUGCAAACGAAGCCAUUUGCAGACUGAUCCGUUCUUUACGGAAAAAACUGCAGCAAAUUGAGAUGCUAGAAGUGAAGCAAUCUAAAGGGAAUCUACUAGAUGACCAGCAGAUUGCAAAGCUUCAGACAAGAAUAGCUCUGGAAUACUCACUGGCUGAACUUGGGGUUCCUGUUGAAAAUACAAAAGCUUCUUCCUCGGUUUCUUCUGAAGGAAAAGGAAAUAAAAAGAAAGAUCUGAGAAAGCAGAGGAGAAAGAGCAAGCAAAAAACAUCACAGGUUGCUGGGGAAGCAAUGAUUUCUGAGAUUGUUUCAGAGGCAAAUGAAGUGAACACUGUGAAGGGUUUCUUGGAGGUUGGGAUAUCUCAAGUGGCAAAAAAGGAGGAGGGUAAGCUGGAUGAAGUGUUCUCCAGUGCACUCGAGUUUUGUGUCUCAAAAGAUGCUAACAUAGGUCUUAGUAAAACAAGUUCAUUAACUGCUGGUUCUAAGAAGAAGAACAAGAAAGGUGGUCUAUCAAUGUUUCUUAGUGGUGCUCUUGAUGACAUCCCCAAAAAAGAGAUCUUACCUCUUCCUCCACCAAUGCCGAAAAUUGAGGGCCCUGUUUGGGGCGGGGCUAAAUUGUCAAAGGCAUCCUCUAUUCGCGAAAUCCUAGACGAACAGAGCAAAUGCAAUGGAAAUCAGCCAGCCAGUACAAAAGAGCAGUCAACUGAUGAUGGUAGAAGUGGUGGAAAAGUUCCACUUAGUUCAUUUAUGCCUUCUAAUCCAAUAUCAGUGGUGUCUCCUAAGACACUGCUGACUUCUGAUGGAGAGAAGAACACUCCUCCUUGGGGGGCCACCUCAGGAACUCCACCCUCUCUUUCUCGUCCUUCGUUGAAGAAUAUCCAGAUGGAACAGGGAAAACAUCUUAAUCAUAAUCAGUGUGUUUCCCAUAGCCCAAAGACUCGAACAACUGGGUUCGCUGUGACGAGUCAAGGGUCGCCAUCAGAUUCUUCUUGUGCUGGAAUCAAUAGAUGGUUCAAACCGGAGAUGGAUGCAGCAUCACCAAUCAGGUCGAUUCAGAUUGAGGAAAAGGCCAUCAAAGACUUCAAACGCUUUUAUACAAGUGUGAAGAUUGUGAAACGGCAGGCUUGAUUCAUUUAAACUCAAAACCACCCAGCAGCAGCAGCAGUGAAAUAUAGGUACUACUUUAUUAGCUAGGGUUUAUAUACAAAUAAUAAUAUAAAAAUAUGACAAAGUAGGAGGCAAUUUAUGGUGUUGCCCUUGUUGUACCUGAGGAGACGGUUAGUUUUUUAGCUUUACUUGGGUGGUUGUUGUUGUUGAUAUCUUCUUCAUACACACCCAUCUAAGAUUAUUUUAUUUUUAUUUUUUUUUCUUUGUUCUUGCAUUUAUUUUCCCUUUUUAAGAGAAGACUUGAUUGUUUUUCCUUUUAAAAUAAAUGAUGUACAUUUAUGUAUAGACUCACCCACCAUCAUUAUCAUUAUCUUGAUGUACAUUGGAUUCCUUUUGUUUAUG